AUGGUGGCGACGAGAAGUAUGAGACAGAAGCAAGAGAAUGCAGGUGAUUCUGUUGAAGGCCGCCCCGAAGCAGCUCAAGAACCACUGGAACCUUCAGGGCAACAUGUAACCAACUCAGCCCAAAAUGUGGACACGGACUCCGAUUCCCACUCCAGAUCCGACGGAGAGUCUGACUACUCAGACUCCGAUGGCGACAGAGAGUCUGGCUACUCAGACGAUGAGAGUGACUCGUCUGAUUCCGAUUUCGACGACGAAGAUGACGCUCCGAACCUGUUCGAAUGUGCGACCAUAACGACAAACGGAGAUGUUAUGGCACUGCAAGACGUCUGUUCAAUUGAUGAAUGCAAAAGGACUUUUAGCAGUCGGUCUGAAUGCGUGAGGCACAUCAAGUGCUGUCCUGCUACAGUGUUACAGUCGGCUAGGGUCAGAGCGGACCCUGUCCUGCUAGCGACUGAAGAAGAUCUGGAGACUUGUCCAUACUGCCCCAAGCGGUUUUUGAGGGCAACCUCCUUGCAGCUUCACCUUGAAGCUUGCCAUGCUGGCCAGAAUGAAACUUGCUUGCACGAAGAUUGCCAAGACAGCUCAGACGUCUUCACACUUUGGGCCUUGAAGCUGCAUCGCUUUGAGGCCCAUGAGGCAAUGGCAUACCGCUGCCCAUUCCCGGAAUGUUUAUUCAGCUCGAGAACGAAAGGUCGCCAAUCACGACGAACAGUCCUGAUGGUGCACUUGAAUAUCCGACACGCGCUCGUCACGGGUUCCUUCGCAACUCUCCAGAGCCUAGAUUUGAAAGAAGUCAUGGGGAGGACAGCCAUGACCGAUCCGAAUUUCGCCUACAUUGACAUCUGUACCGGUGCGAAUAUUCCAAUAUCGACUCUACCAUUGCCCGGGGCUGUCAUUGAGGAUUGUCAACAGGUUGGGGCGCGCCACAACCCGUCAUAUAGAUCUGCCGAAAUCUAUGAGCACUUACUUACCCAAGCUACUUUUAGGGCUGAGGAAGUGAUUUACGACUACAAUCUGUUUAAGCUUGCUUCCCUUGGGUACGACGGUAUACUCCGUUAUCGCCAAGGUGUCAGAUGCGUUGGCGCAUGGGACACUUUGAAUUGUGUUUCCAACAAAACUAUUAAUAUGAGAAACACCAUCAUAUCCUCAGGCCUCAGAAAAAAAGCCAAUGGCGUCUUUCAACAGACGAUGAUCUUGGGAACAGUCUAUGAGACUUGCCAAGGAAUCCGUCAGCUGAUACGCUCAAUGUUCUGUUCAGGUAGAUGGCGUGCGCCGACAGCUGAGCAAGACGCAUGCGACACGCUUAAUUGCGGCAAUCCAUUGGCCAUGGGAACCCAUCUAUGCUGGAGCCAUGCCCUCAAUGCGGUGGACAGAAGUGUGAUCCGAUCACCAGUGAGGGCCGCCGUCGAACAAAACAUGAAUCGGCUGAUGAAUUACGACAUCAGCACUCCCGAUGAGGCCGCACGAUGGUUCGCAGAUGAAAGAAACAUAAUUCAGGGCAUUACGAAGGAAGAGAUCGGGUUUUAUGAACGGCUUCGUGACCGUCGAGAUGCUUUUGCCACGGACGUCGAGACUGUGGGCCCUCUUCUCAUCCAAAUGGCGAUUAUCGAUGCGGAUCGCAAUCUUGUUAUCGGAGGAUAUAUCCAUCACAGCUGUGCAACGGUCAAGGAACUGUGGGAUUUUGCUACCAAGGCUUGCGGCGGGACUUUGACCAAGCGGGAAACGGCUGCAUUGCGCAAAGCUUUCGGUUCGCCAUCUAUGAAUAAACCUCGUGGCUGUAGCAUGCACUGGCUUGUUGACCAGUUAAAGGAACUCAAGAUGAAGUAUCCGGAUAUGCGUAUCGCUGAAUGGGCCACCCGUCCCUUCGAUCAAAUUGUUUAUCGCGAUAACAUCAAGCGUGCCGGAUACAACCAUGCAGACAUUCUCCCAGCCCCUGAGAACUGGGUGUCCCCUCUGCGAUGGCUCCAAGUAACUGGGCCAAUGCUACCAGGCUAUCAGUUAGCAUAUGUUGCUUGCUUGUACUACCCCUCAGGCCUAGUAUUCGGAUGGCAUGAUGCUGUUGUGGAUGCAAUGAUGUUGAUGGACAUUUUAUCCACCCGACAGCAGAAGUACCACCACGGAAAAGUUGAAGUGCCAGUCGCCAGCACGUCGAUUCUCCGGCUCUUCGACCAAGUGCCACAGAAUGACAGUAGCGAUGGAGACUACCUGAUUAGCCGUCCCUGGGCUGCUCGCGAGGAGAAACUUUGCUGGUUGUUCCUGCAGGAUAAGCUGGAGGAAUACGAGUUUGCUUCGCAGACGGCUUUGUAUCGCGCCGUAAGCUAUCACCUCUUCCAACACGGAUUUUUCCGAACCAGUAUGGCAGUUGCUUGGCGUGUGGCCCUCAAGGCGCGUCGUGAAGAAUUAGAAGGCGAAUAUGUGACUUGCCUGGACAAGCAAGCACAUGACUUGCUGAUGAGCAUAAACAACUUGUUGGCGUCCAGGUCGAGAAUGAAUAGAGUAGCUCUCACUGAGCCAAACAUCAACCCAGCUGCAACACUGAUUGUUCAACAGGCAUACAAAGCAAUUCCUAUCAAUAUCCAAUAUGGAGGGUGGUUUUGGUCGCGAUGCCGAAAUCAGGCACAUACUCUUAACAAAUCUGCCGGCAGCGCGUGCACCGAACAAGAACUUGACUUGGCGCUGCUUAUCAUGGUGAACGAGAGGAGAGACAUCCUCUGCGGAAAUUGUGGAGCCGCAAGUCGCGACAGAAAAUGCAAACUUUGCAAGGCCCGCGCUACGGCCGGCGCAGAAAGAGGAAACGUUGCAAGACUUCAUGUCAAUGGCCUGGUGCAACUCGCUUGUAUUGAAGAAGGGUGCAACGAAGACCAACUUGGGGGGUUAAGGAGAUGCGUGAAGUGUUUUAAGGAGCGGAUGAAGCGCCUGCGUUUCCGCCCGCCUAACAACAAAGACCCGAUUAUCUUGGGUACAACCGAUGAAGAAAGGGUCGACAGCGGCGAUGAGCUGGCUAAGAGCAGCAACGCGGUGGCUAACAAGAGGAAGAGAGACCAAGACGAUGAGGAUGACAAUCAUCUAAAGCCCUACAAGAGACAGCAGUACUCGGACACUGAUGAAAGCGAGCAGUCAGACUGCGACUGUGGAAAGCCAAAGCAGGGGAGGUCGACGAGGUGCGCCGAUUGUGCCCGGGAAUGGGGAAACAAGAGAACCAGAGAGUGGAAUCAAAAGAAACGCGAUGAGGCGCGUAUGGCUAAAACAUGCGAAGAAGAGGAUUGCCCCCGACCACCAGAGGGCCGGUCUAAAAGGUGCGCUGAAUGUCGUCAGAAGAGGAAGAAAGAAAACCAAGUGGCGCGUUCCAAGCAGAGUACAGACAAGGCCAAGGAGAGUCGUGAAACAGGAGUGCCUCUCGGGGAGUGCAGAAAAUGCAAAGCACCUUCUUACAGCGAAAAACGGCUGUGCCCCACCUGCUUAAGAGCUCAUAAGGCACAGAGAAGGAGAGAAAAGAAGAGAGAAGACGGCAUUGAAACGGACUGUGUCGAGGAUGGCUGUGAUCGAGAGAUUGUGCCAGGGCAAGCAAGGUGCGCGGAGUGCCUAGAGAGAGUGAAGCCGAUCUGCGAGAGCUGCAACGGGGAGGGGAGACGUGGUCUCAAGAGAUGCAAACCUUGUCAGAGAGCAGUUGAUAAGGAGCAGCAGAAGAAUCGCGACCAACAGAGGGCACUAAAGAAACAGCAGUCUGCUGCCCAGUCUGCUGAUGUUGAAGACGGUGACGAGGAAGACGGUGACGAGGAAUAG